AAAACUACCGACUAAAAUUUCACACACGUCCAGUAUUUCGCGGGCCUGAUCGGUUAAACGGUUUUUUCUCUGUUCCUUCUACAUUGCCAUCUCACUGUCUUCUCUCUCACUUCCCGGAGGAGUACGGCGGCGAUCAGUCAGGAAACGGAGAUGAAUUCUUCAAUCACUUAUCGUCGUCUCCGCCCUCAACGACGAUUUGAUCAUUGACUCCUUGAGCAGGAGGUUAAUUAUUCAUUGAUAGCUUGGUUGAUCUGAAUUGAUAAAAGGGGAAACGGGAGGAAAAAAUGUCUAGCUAUGAAGGUGUUCUAGUUUCUGAUCCAUGGCUUCAGGGUCAAUUUACUCAAGUUGAGCUGCGUGACCUCAAAUCCAAGUUUCUUGCAGCAAGAAACCAAUCACAGACAGUUACUUUGGGAGAUCUGCCUACAAUUAUGACCCAACUGAAGGCCUUUAGUAAUGUGUUCAGUGAGGGGGAAAUUAAAGCCAUGUUGUCUGAAUCAUCUUCUGAAAUGAAGGAAGAAAUUGAUUUUGAAUCCUUUCUUCGGGCAUUUCUGAAUCUUCAGGCAAGAGCUCCAACUACAUCAGGCAAUUCUAAACUUAAAACCACCACCUCUUUUCUCAAAGCUACCACAACAACACUUCGCCAUACCAUUAGUGAAUCAGAGAAGGGCUCUUACGUGGCACACAUAAAUGGUUUUCUGGGAAAUGAUAAAUUCUUGAAAGAUUACCUUCCGUUGGAUCCAUCAACCAAUGCGAUGUUUGAACUUGCUAAGGAUGGUGUUCUUCUGUGUAAGCUCAUUAAUGUUGCUGUUCCCGGAACAAUAGAUGAACGAGCCAUUAAUACCAAGAAGUUUCUUAAUCCGUGGGAAAGAAAUGAAAAUCAUACACUCUGCCUCAAUUCUGCAAAGGCCAUUGGUUGCACAGUGGUCAACAUUGGUACACAGGAUCUAGCUGAAGGGAGACCGCAUCUCAUCCUUGGAUUGAUUUCUCAAAUAAUCAAGAUACAACUCUUAGCUGAUCUCAAUCUGAGGAAAACUCCACAACUUCUGGAGUUGGCAGAGGAUAGUCAGGACGUGGAAGAGCUCCUCAGCUUAUCUCCUGAAAAAGUUUUGCUUAAAUGGAUGAAUUUUCAUCUGAAAAAAGUUGGCUACAAGAAGCAGGUCACAAACUUCUCCUCUGAUUUGAAGGAUGGAGAGGCCUAUGCUCACUUGCUUAAUGCUCUUGCACCAGAACAUGGAACAAGCAGCACACUUGAUGCAAAGGAUCCUACUCAAAGAGCAAAUUUGAUUCUUGAGCAAGCAGACAAAUUGGAUUGUAAAAGAUAUGUUACGGCAAAGGAUAUUGUCGAGGGAUCAACAAAUUUAAAUCUUGCAUUUGUUGCUCAGAUAUUCCAACGAAGGAAUGGGUUAUCCGUAGAAAACUCAAAGUUAUCUUUUGCCACAAUGAUGACCGACGAUGAUCAAACUUCAAGGGAUGAAAGAUGCUUCCGGUUGUGGAUUAACAGUCUUGGAGUUGACACAUAUGUGGACAACUUAUUCGAGGAUGUUCGGAAUGGGUGGGUUCUAUUGGAAGUGCUUGACAAAGUUUCAUAUGGAUCAGUUAACUGGAAGCAAGCCACUAAACCUCCAAUCAAGAUGCCUUUCCGAAAAGUUGAGAACUGCAACCAAGUUAUUAGGAUUGGAAAGGAAUUAAAUUUCUCUCUGGUAAGUGUACAAGGAAAUGAUAUUGUGCAAGGAAACAAGAAGCUCAUAUUAGCUUUUUUGUGGCAGUUGAUGAGGUUCAGUAUGCUCCAACUUUUGAAGAACUUGAGAUCUUACUCUCAAGGUAAGGAGAUAACCGAUACUGACAUACUAAGUUGGGCAAACAGAAAAGUGAAGAGUGCAGGCAGGAAAAGGCAAAUGGAUAGUUUCAAAGACAAAAGUCUUUCAGAUGGACUGUUCUUUCUUGAACUUUUAAGCGUUGUGGAGCCAAGAGUUGUAAACUGGAGCCUCGUCACCAAGGGGAUAACAGAUGAGGAUAAGAAGCUAAACGCGACAUAUAUCAUCAGUGUUGCACGGAAAAUCGGAUGCUCAAUUUUUUUGUUGCCAGAGGACAUAAUGGAGGUGAAUCAGAAAAUGAUUCUGACAUUGACAGCAAGUAUAAUGUACUGGAGCUUAGAGAAGAAAGCAAAGGAGUCCGAGAGCGGUUCAUCCUCUCCUAUGCAGAACAACAAUGAGCAGUCUCCUACUUCCACAACAACUAAGGAAUUAUCCUAAACAGAAAGUAAAUAAAUUCAUCUUUUUUAUAUAAUAUUCGCUCAACACAUCAUAUCUUGAUGUGUAAGCUACAAUCUACAUCAUUGCUAGAAUUUGGCCCAACAAAAUUGAUUGACAACAAAGAACGCUGCAAAAUUGUAUUUCAUUAGUGAUUCCAGAUGCUCUCCAGUCUCCACAUGUGAAAAAAAAAACGGUAUUUGAAUUCCUCGAAAAAAACUCCCACAUCACCAUUCAAUAUAUUGGCCAAACCACCUGGGCACUAGGCCCAAUAUGAGUUGGAUCACUGAGCCACACUUCAUAAUUGGAAAAACGAGCACCAUGAAACACAGAACAUGAUAAUCCUUUGUUACAUAUACAUAUGGUGAACAUAUAUGUGUGUGGGUGUAUGUUUUCUAAUUGCAUCUUUUUUCCCUUCAGGGUUAAAAUGCUACAAUGUAUAUUUUAUUGGGUUCUCAUGUAGAUGAGACUCAUGAGAGGAAAGAUGCUGAUAUGAAUAUACUGUGUAAACAUUAAUUUUGACUGAUCCCCUAAUGUAUUUGGUGUUUUACUUGAAUUCUGAAUGAUGGUAAAUGAUACAAUGAAUUAUAUAUGAGGGCCACGUAUUCACUCACUCACCAGGGGUUGACGAGAUUAUUUGGUUCACCAGUGAUAUGAUACCAUUACGGCCUGUUUGGAUAGAGUGUUGGAAGGUGUUAGUAAUGGAAGUGUUAGUAAGUGUUGGCAAGGGCCCGUAAGGGAUGGUAAGCGUAAGUGUUAAACACAAAUUUACCUUGUUUGGAAGACUUAAAAAACCGAAGUGUUAGUAAUGGAAGUGUUUGUUCUUAAUUUGACAAAAAUAUCCCUACAACUUUUAAAUUAAUAAGGACGAAGUAUCUUUGUUGUUCUCUAGUUUUCGGUAUUCACAGAACAUGAUACCAGGCUCAAACAAGAAUCAAGUAUCGUAUUUGGGAUGAGGUACAACAUCUCUAUGGAUGAGGUCCUCCAGCUGUAAUUUUAUUCUCAUCCGUUGUUUCCUAAUAGAAGCAGGCCAUCCAAAAGUAUCUUGCAUUUCUUCUGCAACUCCACUAACCUCCUAUGGAUGUCAAGAGUAUCCUUCUUCAUGACCUUCCACUAAUCUAUAUAUAAUCAACACAAAUCAAAUAUUUCCAGAUCUGAUUCCUCUACGACGAACAAGACCAAGAUGUAGUAUUAAAACAGAGUGGGAUGGUACGAUAUUGCGUCGUCUCAACGGCCAGUUGAUGCCAAAAAGAGACUUGGGAAGAAGAAGAGGUAAACUGAAGAAGGAGACCGCUGCGAAAGAAGAAAAUAGCCGCAAGAGGGAACGUGCAGGAAUAAGCAGAGAGUUUGAAUAUACAGUACAUAGCAUAUUGAAAUAAAAAGGAUGUUGAUUGAUUGUGUUAGCUGAUUGGUGAUAGCGGAUUCUAUUAGUGGCACUAGCACAAAGGAGAGCGGAACUUGAAGAGCGAAGCGAGCCAAAGGAGAUGGUCGAAUGAUCGCUUAUGGAGGAGGCAUGUGUCCUCUCGGUCGUUUCGCCCUGCCCUUGAACGAUAGAAGAACUACUUGUCUUCAUGGUGUUUGGUUAAAUGAUUGUUUCACAAUCAGCUGAUAAACAUGUUAAAUGGCUUUUAUGGACAUAAACUAAUUUUUUUACUAUUGUAAUUAAUAAAACUACUUAAAACGUUUUUAUACUUGAGAAAUGUAGUAACACAGUUUAUGAUUACUUUUCUUUCGCAAAUUAAUAAAUUUCAGAUUACAGUCCUCAAGUUGGAUAGUCCUAGUGCACUUCCAUCCUCCAUUAAUGGGGAAUUCUAAGGGCCUGUUUACUAACAUAGAUAUUUUCCUGUUUUCUACUUCUGUUUUUUGUUCUCCAAUUUUCUGUUUUUAUUUUUCAGUUUUUCUAUAUCCAGUUUUCUGUUUCUAUUUUCUAGUUUUCCAUUUUCAAAUCUGAAAACAUGUUCAUCAAUUUUUUCACCCAGUUCUGUGAUCAUCCAUAAGACUGACACGUUUACUUCACAGAUUACUAAAUGGGGCUCAUUAAGACUCGUGUUAAUAACCGACGCAUAAAAUAGCAAUGUUAUAGGAUCAUGUUUACUCCAAAAGGUUUAAAACACCGCUUAACAUUAAAAUGUCCAAAAUAACUUUAUACAUAUAUAGACACACAAACAUUCAUGAACACAAAUGUAUAACAUGCAGGGUCAAUCACAUAAUACGUGUACUGAUACUCAUAACCCCUACCCUGCCCCUAUACCUCGUACCCUCACCCUACAUCCCACACCCAAUUCCACACCCUUGACCCCUACCCAUACCCUUACCAUGAUCUUACACUCUACCCAUACUCUCAUAAAACCUUUCAUACCCACCCAUACCUACUCGUAGGGGUCGGGGUAGGGAAGGAAGGUAUGGGUUGGGGGGUGGGGGUGGGGUAAAGGUAGGGGUAGUGAGUAGGGUUGGGGUUGGGGUUAGGUAGGUGUAGGGUAGGAAGUUGGGAUAGAAUGGUGGUAGGGUGGGGUUGAGGUGGGGGAAGGGGUAGGGUGGGGUAGGAUGGCGGUACGAGGGUCGGGGUAGGAUGGCGGUAGGGUGGGGCCGAGGUAGGGGGCAUGUGGGAAGGGGUAAGGUAGGGUAAGGGGUAAUAUACAAGGUGGGGGUAGGGUAGGGUGGGUCGGGGUGGGGUUGAGGUGGUAGGGGGUGGCAGUAGGGUAGGGUGGAUCGGGGUGGGACCGAGGUAGGGGCAUGUGGUAGGGAGUGGGGGUAGGGUCAUUGUAGGGAAAAAGGUGUGCGGGUGAGGGUGGGUGGGUAGGGUAGGGUAGGGGUAAGGGGUAAGGUACGAGGAUGGAGGUACUAGAAUGGAAUUGACAUUGAAGCGGGACCGGACCCACCACUAGGUGUAAGUAUGCAAAUCAUUGCAGCGGCAUGUAGCAUUUGUGUUUUCUAAAUUUGGAAAACUAGUAAAAGUCGAUUCUCCAAAUCAUUAAGGAAAAGAGAGACAUGUCUCAAUUUUUUCGUUUUGGAAAACGGUUUGGUAAACGCGUUUUCCUGUUUUCCUUUCUCCAUUUUUUCAGCAAUUUUCUUUGGUAAACACGUUUCCUGUUUUCUGUUUUCUAGUUUUCCAGUUUUCUGGAAAACUUGAAAAUAUCUCUGUUAAUAAACAGACCCUAAAACUCCCAAAUGCCCAAAUAGAAACUACUUUUACCGUACAACAAGGAUCAAACAUUGAGCUAAGAAUAAUGAGUACUAGCACGGCACAAAGCAGCCGUCGUGGCUGAAAGCAAUGCAAAAAUCUAUAUAUAGAAAAAUGGUUAUACAACACCCACAAUCUUACUCUAUAUAAAACGAAGUGGAAAUGCAGCCACUUUUCCCACCCAAAGUUUCGGGUCAAAAAUGGGUCAAAAGUGGACAAUUCGUUUUUGUGGUCUGGGGCCCACUUCGGUGUGACAUUUCGUACUAUUAGGGUCAUUCGAAUUGCAGAGAGGAGUUAUUAAGCAUUUAAUGAAUUAGGUGGCAUUAAAUGGGGUGGUUGAGAGGGGCGAGGUCUAUUACACAUUGGGUAUUUCAGUUUCAUUGCAAACCCUAAAAAUUCGAAUUCCCUAUAAAUACCAACAUGUUUCAGUUCAAAAUUACAAACCACAAUGGCAUCUAGCAAAGAAAACUCCGAGCCAAAUGGCAGUCAAUUGUAUUCGAUGAUUAGGGAAGUUAACCACAUCAGAACAAACUGGGCUCUAAAAGUAAGGGUGUUUAGAGCAUGUGAGGUUUCACAUCAAUCCAAAGGAGGUGCAAGAAUGGAAUUUGUUUUCCACGAUGAGAACGUAAUUUCUAUUUCGAAAGCAUUUUAAUUUAUUAUUAAACUCCUUUUUGUGGUUGAUUAUUCGAGUGAUCAUCUUCCUAAUCCAUUUUCCUUUCAUUUUGCAGGGUGACCGCACUCAUGCUGUUGUGAAAAGGCCAUUCAUGCAUUUGUAUAAAAACAAACCGCAGGAAAACAAGUGUUUCAGAAUCAAGAACUUCUUAGUUUUUGAUAACUACUUCAACUACAAAACUACUGAACACCCUUAUGUUUUAGAGUUUUUUUAAAAAACUAUGGUCUAUGAUUUGCAUUCAGCAACUUUUCCAAACUUAGUGUUCAAUUUCCAUCAAUUUGACGCGCUGCAGAGUCUAAGAGUCAUCAACGACAAAUUGCUUAUCGGUAAUUUCAUAUACAAAUAUACUUAAACACUUUCUUAUAAUCACACAAUUUAAUAUCAUUCUUUUUUCAGAUGUAUAUGGUAAGUACGUCGGGAAGACUCCAGUACAAACACCAAUCGUUAACGGGAAACCAGAAAAGCUGAUUGAACUAACUUUGGAAGAUCUAGAGUACUGUCUUAAUUUUGUAUAUGAUAUUGUAUUCGUUUAUCAUAAAAAUCGAGAGUUUAUGAUGAAACUCUUUUUUAUUUGUAGUGGAAAUCGUAUUGGAUGCACAUUGUGGAACAACUACUGCAAACAGUUCACUGAUUUUUAUGAUGCUCAUAACAAUGAAGCCAUUUACAUCAUACUACAAAUGGGUAGACCCAAACGCUAUCAAGGUAAGGACUAAUUCAAAAAAACUUAAGUUUUUUAUUUAGGCUUCAAAUGGGCUCAUGAAAGAUUUCAAACUUAUUCAGGUCAUGUCUUGGUUGGAACAUCUUAUGAUGUUUCCAAGUUGAUAAUAAAUGGUUCUACCCCAGAGUUUGAAGAUUUCAAAUCGCAGUUUGGACCAGAUGACGACAAUACAACAAUGACUACCUUCACUGCAAAUUCAGUUGGUUAGGGUAGUGAGGACGUUUUUAGGGGAAAGGCUACUAUCACAAACAUCAGUGAUUUGCUAGAGGAACCACAAGUAAAAAGAUGAUUUAAAGCAAAGAAUUUGUAAAAAAAUGAUCAUCUUUUGUAACUGACAGCUUCUGUACACAAGAUGGAACCUAUUGGCUACUUGGUGAUAUUGUAUCACUAGACAACUAUAAGGAAUGAUGCUACCUUAGCUGCCCAACAUGCAACAAGAAAAUCAAGCCGGAAGAUGAAAGGUUCAGAUGCAUCACAUGUGACACGACUAUUCCCGAUGGAGUGUUGAGGUUGUGUUAUUUGUUAAGAUGUAUCACUUUCCACUAUUUUAAACUAAGACUACAACUUCAAACAUUAAUCUGCCAACUUCCGGUAUGCAGAUACAAAGUUUCAGUUUGUGUCAUGGAUGACUCAGGUCACGCUACGUUCACCUUAUGGGACAGGGAAUGUAUUGAUAUUGUGGGGAAAACAGAAGCAGCAUUAAGAAAGGAAGUUGAAAAGGUUGAUUCAAAAAAAAUCUUUUUACACUAACAAUUCUGAAAAAGGAAGGAAACUUAUCAAGAUUUUUAUUUUCAGAAAACUGGAGACCCUACCCACUUCCCAGAGGACAUUGAGGCUUUGAUUGAUCAAAGAGGCAUCUUCAAAAUUCAAAUAAAAGCAAGAGACGAAAGUUCUUCUUACAAAGGUCCAGUUUCGUAUGGGAUACUUGCAAUGAUAAGAGACAGAUCUAUCUUGGACCUCUAUACCAAAAAUGAAAGCUAUGCACUUGAAAUGGAUGAAAACACAGAUGUAGAGAAGGUAAAUGUUUUGAAAUGUUUGAUUUGGUGUGGACAGCAUAAUAUAACAUUUGUUAUAAGUGCAGAGUGGAUCAACAGGAAACGAGAUAGAAGAUGGUACUGCUAGCAGUAAAUCAAAACAGAAGGUGUGGAUAAACUUUCCUAUUAACUAAUUUCGUUGUAUCAUAUGAUACUAAUUUAUUUGGUAUAGAGACUGUUCUAAUUGAAGAUGACGAUUUCGUGUCGCCUACACAAGUUGAAAACAAAGAUGACAGGAGGGCGGAUGAAAAGGUAUAUGAUGUUAUCAAAUUCUUUUUUGAUAGAGUGGAAUUUGUUUUCCACGAUAUAGAGUCAAGUAACGAGGCAAUGGAUACAAAUUGUUUCUCGAAAGGGUAAGGAAGUGGAUUGCCUAGAAACUCCAACAGCUAAUCGGACAGUUGGUGGUAUUGAAGGGAACGAUCAACUUAAGAUAAAUCUGAAUGACCAAUUUUUGGCCAAUGUUAACAUCAAACGAGAAGUAUCCGCGUCAAGCAAGAGAAGGAAUAAUGGUGAAGAUAGACCAACAGGCUCAGCUACAUUUUGCUUGAAAAAGGAGUGGAUCGAUGAUUUGUUGAAUAUUUUGUUUGGGCACUUACAUAUUUAUUUAAAACUGUGCCUUACGUUUUUGCUAAACUACGAGCUGGGUCUGUAAUAAUUAACUCUGUUUUGCAUUGUUCAAGUUGUAGGCAUGAACAAUUAUCGACCUAAGACUUAUAUUUCACAUCAAAACCUAUUUUUCUAUGUUAGAUUUUGCAAUGUCAAUUUUGCAGGGUUAAAGGACUCCUAAGGAUGCAUUAGCAUAUGGCAGAAGGGCACCUACGAAACGGAAAGGAGACCAUGAUAUGGAGGAACGAAGACAGAAGAGAGUAGUCCAGAGGGCCUUGAUUGAUAUAGAAAUUCUAGGCAGCAAUUAUUUCUUAUUAGUGAGAGUUGUAAUUGUUUUGAUUAUAAAUAAAACACAAUUAAGUUAUGAGUUUAAAUAUGGUUUUGUGCUACUUAAAGUUCAAGUAUUUUCGAAAAAUACUAUAUAGCACUAUAGUUUAAACAACAAACCUACAAAAAAAAGUAUCUGAUGAAAAAAUGUGUUUGCUGGCUAAGUUUAAC